CAUCAAGACCGUAUAUAAGAUGUUUAUCACCGUGAAAUAUGGAGCUGAUCAUCAGAUCUUAUUGAAUCCUAACUGCAAGAUGGUAAAUUUAUCAGAAGUCUUGAGGGAGAAAUGUCAAUGUGGAAGUGAAGUUCCUAUAGAUCUCUUGGAUGAAUCGGGAACGUUAAUAAAUCUCAAUGAUCUGGAGGGUUCCCAAGAAGUUGCUACUAAUCAUCUAAAGGAACGCCAGUGCUAUAUAUUGGUCAAAAUAAUCCGAGUAGAAGGAGCAGAGCAAGCCCGCUAUGAAUCUAUGCUGGAGAACCUGUGGAAACGUCAUCCAGAGUUAGCAGAACGCCUACAAAAGCUAUCUAAUCCUAAUGUGCGGGACAAAAUGCGCAAUUCUAACAACAAGAAAUUGCGAGCCUCCAAAGAAACUCCUUUCACUUCUCCUACAAAACCAAGAGCUGCUUCACAGCAGAAGAGCCGGCCAACCUGAAGAGCCGAUGUACAUUUUGGGGACUAUCAACAGAUCUAAAGUCAAUAGAGAAGAUAUACAGCUUAGACAGAGACAAUUUCAUUUUGUUAUUAUGUUUAUUUAAAUAUACAGUGGAACCUUGGUUUACGAGUAACGCAGAUAACAAGUGUUUUGAAAGACGAGCAACUUUAACCACUU